UCAUACAAGUGAAUCAAAUUUCGUGUUGCACGAGACUUGACUUUCAAUGUUUACCCACAAUCAGCUACAAUUUAUUGUAUGCAUUCUGUACUCCGUAGUCUGUAUACGGUAUUACUACCACGGCUCUGUUUUGAUCACGGAAAUACGUACUACGAUCAGCCCACGAAUGUGGUUAACUGCCACUACCUUCUUGAUACGGCGUUGAAGAACUACAUGGCAUCAUGUUGAGCUUCAAGUAUCCGGCCAGUGCCUUCCUUUCGCUAUUCCUUGCUGUAACCGGAGCAAAUGCGGCGUUGUAUUCUGCCCACCGGAACCUGGAAGAUUACUGCGGCAGAACCCUGGAGAUCAACUGUCCGUACUCGUAUGGCGAAGCCGGGACACUCCGGUUCCUUCGGAUACCUGGCACAGCCUGUAAAGUUACAGUGACGCUUAGCAGCAGCUCCUGUGGAUUGUCUUACGAAUACUUUGCCAUUUACCUUAACAUAAGAAGCUUAUAUACGCCAGAGAAUUCAAGGAUGGAAAUUUACGAUACAUCUAGUAUCCGAACACUGGGGAAGUCCUGGAACGGAGGCUACACGCCGCAAAACUCUAACCCAACUUCGGCCGGUCAGUACUUGUCGAAAUACGCGAGACAACCGGAAAUUUCCAUUGAAUUUACGCCUUCCUUGGACAAUACACCAGCCUUUUAUCACGAAGUUGUUUUCGAAUAUGUAAUCUUGUCAGACACCAGCUCGGACUCGAACGCUCGUUGCAGCGCUUUGAACGGCUACGUCAGCGACAACUACAUUUGCGAUACGGACAAUGACCGCUGCAAUUGUCCCUACGCUUACACGCCCUAUGUGUACAGCAUGAGUCCGGCUGGGUACCGCCAACAAUGUGCUUAUGAACUGAGCGGUGGGGCUAUUGCCGGUAUCGCCAUAGGAUGCUUCGCGUUCGUAGUGGUAAUUAUUGUCAUCACAGCGCUCGUUGGCAAACGCCGACGACCACGGACAAAAACCCCGCGAGUGGCAUUUAUCAGUAAUGGGUACUCCGAGACUUCCGUUGCCCUUACACCGCAAGAAGCACCACCUCCGUAUCCGGCCCAGGCGUAUGCUGCGCCGCCUUAUCCAGCGGCAACUUCGCCACUUUUGCCUGUACCCGCAGCUAAUUAAGCACCAUACAGGGGCUCAAUAAAACCUAGUUGCUCAAAUUUUGUCAGACAAUAAGCAAAUGGAAUGAAGUCAGUAUGUCGCUUCCAUAAUUAGAUCUUCACUGAUUUUUGCUAAACCUUCGUUUUCGUCUUUGAACGAAAUGUAAAUACUACGUAAUAAGUAAUUUUAGUGGCAAUAAUUUUUCAGCUUGUAUACAGACAACGUCAUAACAAACCGCAGCAACGAAUUAAAA